AUGUUGCGCCAAGACGAGAGAUUCUUUUCGACGCAGGGGAUAUCACCAUUGCCUCCAGAUGCACUUGCCUUGGUCAAACCAGUGGAUUGCUUCGAGGUACCGCCGCAAAAGCCAAUCCAUCUGACCCCAAUGCAAGCUAAGGAUCAGGGUCUCAGGAAAAUUGCAUACCCCGUGAGCUUGGGUUGGUGGGAUCGACGUCUCGAAUCCCCUCAAUUUUUGGCCAGAGAGCCCGUGGAAUCAAAUGCGAAUGUCAAACUUGUCUACAAUCUGCUAAGAGACACUCCGGGAGCUCUGGUUGAUGUCGGUGCGAAUGUCGGUUUCAUGACCAACUUGGGCUUGGAAUUACGCCGACGAGUCUACGCCGUGGAACCUAUCCAAUACAAUGUCGCCAAGAUUUGCGAAGCCUAUCGCUCGCCUUAUUUUGACUUGCAUCGUGAACAUCAACUAUUGCAGCUCUACCAAGCGGUGGCUGGUCGGUCCUUCAAACAAGAGCUGUCCGUUACACGACCCGCCACUCACAUUGGAUACUUCGAUCAAACGUCUCUGAGCCGAAACAACGUGCAACAUCCAGAUGUGGAAGAGGAAUUUGUACCCAUGGUAUCGCUGGAUUCCAUUCUUUUCACCAGCGAAGACGAGAAGGCAACGGCUCUGGAACCUAUCGCCAUGGUGAAGAUUGAUGUGCAGGGCCAUGAAUACACAGUUCUUGUGGGCAUGCACCGAUUGCUGUUGCAAGCCAGGGAUGUAGGCUACCCCAAAUAUGUCCUUUACGCAUCAGAUCAGCAAAUGCUCCGCCAGUCAGGGCAUACGUCGGAAAGAACCAUAGAGUUGGUAGAGUCGUAUGGGUACCAAUGUAUGUAUACUACGAAGGAACAGGUAAAAGUUUUGUGCGUACUCGGUGGCCCAUCACGGGAAGACGAGAAGGAUGGAAUUUUUCAGUUCUUUGGGCCAGAAAAAGGACAAUGA